CAACGGUUCUACCCCGUUGCACUUGGUCUUCGAUAGUCCAGUGUGACUGUGAAUUAACUAUUUGAAAUGGCCGUUUAUGUUAUUCGAUACAAAAUGCGACUUUUGGUAAGAGUAGUGCUUUACCAAUAAUUCAGUCUGGCAUUAUCCCGGACAGCUACAGCCGGUUUCGAGGGGUCCUUCAGUCUUGGAGGAAGGAUUUGCAGCUAGCGGUUAGCCGUGGUCAACAUGCCGACUGUCAGUGUCAAAAGGGAUCUUCUGUUCCAUGCCUUGGGCAGAACAUACACUGAUGAAGAAUUUGAUGAGUUGUGUUUUGAGUUUGGGCUGGAGCUCGAUGAGAUUACGUCAGAGAAGGACAUCAUCAGUCGUGAGCAGGGGAACACCAAGGCAGAGGGGGCAUCUGAUGUGAUUCUGUAUAAGAUUGAUGUCCCAGCUAACCGCUAUGACCUGCUGUGUCUGGAAGGACUGGUCAGGGGCCUGCAGGUCUUCAAGCAAAAGAUGGAAGCCCCUCGCUACAGGCGUGUGAGUCCAGCCAGCGGAGAGCCUCAGAGGCUGGUCAUCACAGAGGUGACGGCUGCUGUGCGACCCCACGCUGUGGCUGCAGUCCUCAGGAACAUCACCUUCACACAGGAACGCUACGACAGCUUCAUCGAACUACAGGAGAAACUCCAUCAGAAUGUCUGUAGGAAAAGGACUCUGGUUGCCAUCGGCACCCAUGAUCUGGACACCAUUUCAGGCCCCUUCACCUACACAGCCAAACCACCUAGUGACAUCCGCUUCAAACCUCUCAACCAGGCAAAGGAGUACACCGCACAGGAACUCAUGAGCCUCUACAAGACAGACAGCCACUUGCGGCACUAUCUGCACAUUAUUGAAGACAAGCCUGUAUAUCCUGUCAUCUAUGACAGCAACGGCAUUGUAUUGUCUAUGCCUCCAAUUAUCAAUGGGGACCGUUCCAAAAUCUCCUUGAAUACAAAGAAUGUUUUUAUCGAGUGCACAGCCAUUGAUCUUACCAAGGCAAAAAUGGUGUUGGACAUGAUGGUGACGAUGUUCUGCGAGUAUUGUGAGGAGCCUUUCACGGUAGAGGAGGCUGAGGUGGUGUACCCAGACGGCAGGACCUGCCUGUACCCGGAGCUGGCUUACAGGAAGGAGACUCUGUCAGCAGACUUCAUCAACCGCAAAGUUGGCAUCAGUGAGUCGACUGAGCACAUCGCCCAGCUGUUGACCAAGAUGUGCUUGCGCUCAGAGGUCACAAGCGACGGCGAACAGAUCGAGGUAGAGAUCCCGCCCACGCGCUCUGACGUCAUCCACGCCUGUGACAUCAUGGAGGACGCUGCCAUGGCGUACGGUUUCAACAAUAUUCCCCGCACCACGCCGCGCACCUACACCGUAGCCAAUCAGCUCCCACUGAAUAAGCUGUCAGAGCUGCUGAGACAGGACCUGGCUGCUGCUGGAUUCACAGAGGCCCUCACCUUCGCCCUGUGUUCUCAGGAGGACAUAGCUGACAAGCUGUUGAAGAACAUCUCAGAGACCAGAGCAUGUCACAUCUCCAACCCCAAGACAGCUGAGUUCCAGGUGGCGCGCACCACCCUGUUGUCAGGCCUGCUGAAGACUGUGGCUGCCAACAGGAAGAUGCCUCUGCCUCUGAGGCUGUUUGAGAUUUCAGACGUGGUGCUCAAGGAUGAAACCAAAGACGUGGGGGCCAGGAACAACCGUCGUCUGUGUGCUGUCUACUACAACAAGAGUCCUGGGUUUGAGGUGAUCCACGGCCUGAUGGACAGGGUCAUGCAGCUGCUGGAGGUCAAACCAGGCCAGGGCAAUGGCUACCACAUCCAGGCUGCCGACGAUUCCACCUUCUUCCCUGGUCGCUGUGCUGAGAUCUUUGCGCGUGGGAAGAGCAUAGGACGCCUCGGGGUCCUUCACCCUAAUGUCAUCAACCGCUUUGAGCUCACCAUGCCAUGCUCCGCCCUGGACAUCGACAUCGAGCCCUUCCUGUGAUGUCACAACCACACCCUGGGUGUGAUGUCACACCCAGACACACACUGAACUUGUAAGACCAGCAAACUCAUCAACCAACACAGAUUCAUUUACUCAUGCUCAGUCCAUCCCAACACAGGUGUUCCCAGCUUUUAUUUUUUUUUAUUUUUAGGAAAUAUCACAUUUACAUAAGUAUUCAGACCCUUUACUCAGUACUUUGUUGAAGCACUUUUGUCAGCGAUUUCAGCCUCAAGUCUUCUUGGGUAUGAUGCUACAAGCUUGGCACACCUGUAUUUGGGGAGUUUCUAAUUUUUCUCUGCAGAUCCUCAAGCUCUGUUAGGUUGGCUGGGGAGUGUCGCUGCACAGCUAUUUUCAGGUCUCUCCAGAGAUGUUCGAUUGGGUU